AUGGCUACUGAUUCAGGGGAACCGACUAGCACAGAAGAUUCUGAGAAACCUGAUGGAGUUUCAUCAGAAAACCGAGUUCCUCAGGUUGCUGCGACUUUGAUAGUGGAAGCUAGAGUAAAGGAGAAAACCAGUACUAUCACUUCUUCUGGAGAAACUAUAGAAAGGAAGAGAUUCUUCCGAAAGAGUGUUGAGAUGACAGAAGAUGAUAAAGUUGCUGAAUCUUCCCUCAAAAAUGAGAGAAUAAAGAUGACAACAAAUGUUCCAAGAGUAGAAAAGCUUUCUACAGAUGUGCUAAGAGGUGGACAAGAAGUUCAUUAUGAACAGUGUUCAAAGCCAACCUCAGAAUCAUCAAAAGAUAAUUUCAAGGAGAAAAAUGAAAAGGAAAUGGAAGAAGAAGCAGAAAUGAAGGCUGUAGCUACUUCUCCUAGUGGCAGGUUCCUGAAAUUUGACAUAGAGUUGGGAAGAGGAGCAUUUAAAACAGUGUAUAAAGGACUGGACACUGAAACAUGGGUUGAGGUUGCUUGGUGUGAGCUACAGGACCGGAAAUUAACCAAAGCUGAGCAACAAAGGUUCAAGGAAGAAGCAGAGAUGUUAAAAGGUCUCCAGCAUCCCAAUAUUGUUCGAUUUUAUGAUUCCUGGGAAUCCAUUUUAAAAGGAAAGAAAUGUAUUGUAUUAGUGACUGAACUUAUGACAUCAGGAACCUUAAAGACGUACUUAAAGCGAUUUAAAGUCAUGAAACCAAAGGUCUUAAGGAGUUGGUGCAGGCAAAUUUUAAAAGGGCUACAGUUCUUGCACACAAGGACUCCUCCUAUUAUUCACCGGGAUUUGAAGUGUGACAAUAUUUUCAUCACGGGACCCACUGGAUCUGUGAAGAUUGGUGAUUUAGGACUAGCCACUUUAAUGCGCACAUCAUUUGCUAAGAGCGUCAUCGGGACUCCUGAGUUUAUGGCCCCAGAGAUGUAUGAAGAGCAUUAUGAUGAAUCUGUGGAUGUCUAUGCUUUUGGAAUGUGUAUGCUGGAAAUGGCUACUUCGGAGUACCCCUAUUCUGAGUGCCAAAAUGCAGCUCAAAUAUACCGUAAAGUAACCAGCGGUAUAAAGCCAGCCAGUUUCAAUAAAGUCACUGAUCCUGAAGUGAAAGAAAUCAUUGAAGGAUGUAUUCGUCAAAACAAAUCUGCAAGGUUGUCUAUCAGGGACCUACUAAACCACACAUUUUUUGCUGAGGAUACAGGACUAAGGGUGGAAUUAGCAGAGGAAGGUGAUUGCUCAAAUUCAUCCCUGGCUUUAAGACUUUGGGUUGAAGACCCUAAAAAAUUGAAAGGGAAGCACAAAGACAAUGAAGCUAUUGAAUUCAGUUUCAAUUUAGAGACAGAUACACCUGAGGAAGUAGCAUAUGAAAUGGUCAAAUCUGGAUUCUUUCAUGAAAGUGAUUCUAAAGCUGUUGCUAAGUCCAUUAGAGAUCGAGUCAACCUGAUAAAGAAAGCAAGGGAUAAGAAGCCAGCUGGCUGUUUGGAAGAACACAGGGAUACCCAAUACAAGCCUGUAGGGAAUGUACUCUCCCAGCCCCAGAAUACAACUUUGCCCUCUGCUCCUCCUCAGCAGACUGGGACUGAAUGUGAAGAAACUGAAGUUGAUCAACAUGUUCAACAACAGCAUCUACAAAGAGUAACACUACAGCACCACUCCUCUGUUAUAGGUGACAAUUUGUCUGAGGCAGGACCUGGAUCAGUUAUAUACUCAGAUACUUCAAAUCAGCCAAGUAUAGUCUAUUCCUCAGACCAGAUGAUGGGCUCUCAAAUGGUUUCUAACAUCCCACAGACUGAAAUAAAUGUUCCAGGGCAAAUUUAUCCAUCCCAGCAAAUUUAUCCAUCCCAGAAAUUAGCGGGACAUUGCCAGCAGAUUUCAGGGGUGCAGAAACAGCCAAAGUUGACUCAACCCCAAAUUUUGCGUUUGGUACAAGGUCAGUCUACUGUUUUGCCUGUACAUGUCCUUGGACUUCCAGUUGUCUCACAACCCCAGGGUUCCCCAUUAACUGUCCAGAAGGUAUCAGAGGUAAAGCCCAUAGUACAACAUGUUGGAGUUGAACAACAAGCAACUCUUCUAAAACCAGACUUAGUUAGAAGUUUGAAUCAUGAUGUGACAACUGUGAAAGAAACCACGAACGUUACUGAUAAUGUAAGUGGAAAUGGCAAGCAAGAUCGUAUCAAACAGAGAAGAGCUUCCUGUCCUCGACCAGAAAAGGGGCCUAAAUUCCAGCUUACUGUCCUUCAGGUGUCAACUUCUGGAGACAAUAUGGUGGAAUGUCAAUUGGAGACACACAAUAACAAGAUGGUCACCUUCAAGUUUGAUGUUGAUGGUGAUGCGCCAGAGGAUAUUGCAGACUAUAUGGUUGAAGAUAACUUUGUGCUGGAAAGUGAAAAAGAAAAAUUUGUGGAAGAAUUGAGGCUUAUCGUAGGUCAAGCCCAGGAAAUCCUUCAUGUCCACUGUGCUGCAGAAAGAGCCAUUGGUGCCGACAGUAUUAACUUGGAAACUAACAGUAACCAAACAGGAUCAUCUGAACAAGUGCAUAUAAAUGCUGCAUCCAGUCAUACCAGCAAUGAAUCUGCUCCUCAGUCAUCCCCAGUUGGUCGGUGGCGAUUCUGUAUCAAUCAAACAAUAAGAAACCGUGAGACUCAAUCUCCUCUUCAGCGUUCCAUGUCCACAAUUCCUGGACCACAUCCACUUUCUAGUCCAAGAAACACAAGUAAUAAGGCAAUAUCACAAGAUACACUGCUCAUUCUAGAAAAUAAUCCAUGCCAGCAUGCACUUUUCACCUCCAAAUCAGAACACAAGGAAGUAGUUGAUGGUAAGAUUUCUGAAUAUGCCUGUGUAGAAACUAAGCAGCCAGCUGUACUUCAAGCAGAAGAUGACAGGCAGAUAAUGUCAGCAGUUGCUAGUAGUUCCAGUUUUACUACUUCAGUUCCAGCCAUUCCAGUUGAGUUUGAGGAACUCACCAACCAAGCAGGUAUAUUCCAACCUGUGUAUCCAUGUCACCAAGCUGCCAGUCAGGUUGAUGUACCUAUAGCCCCUCCUGGCAAGUCAACUCAGAUUGCUGGUAACACUCUUACAACUCUGACACAUAUGUCUGAUCAAAAGCUUCAAUCUUUACCAGUGAAACAGACAACUAUGGAUGCAGAAUUUAUUUCCCAGGAAGGAGAAACCACAGAAAGAAGUUCUCCUAAGACGGUCGUUCCCAUUCCGACACCCAGUCUUGAACCAUCUACCUUUCUACCCACUACUGUCCUGGAAUCAGAUGGGGAAAGACCUCCAAAAUUGGAAUUUGCAGACAACCGAAUUAAAACUCUGGAUGAAAAAUUAAGAAACUUACUUUAUCAGGAGCAUGGCAUAUCUAGUGUCUAUACUGACAGUCAAAAGGAUAACCAAAGCAUAGAUUCUCCCUUUUCUUCCUCUGCUGAAGACACCCUCUCCUGCCCACUGCCAGAAGUCACAGCCAUUGGUCACUGUGGAUUUCAAGAUAGUCCAACACAGUCCUCUAAUUUUCAGCAGACAGGCUCUCAGAUUCUGUCCAGUGUGGCUAUGAGUCAGCCUGCUAACAUAUCAAUAUUCAAACGGGAACUAAAUGUGAUAACUUCUGUAUCCAACGAAUUAUGUUUACAGGAGAUGUCCCCAGAUGUUUUACUUCCAGGGGAUCCAGAGGUCUAUCCUGCUGCUGUGUCAAGUGGUGGAGCUAUUCAUCUGCAGACAGGAGGUGGAUAUUUUGGCCUAAGCUUUACUUGUCCUAGUCUCAAAAGUCCUAUUAGCAAGAAAUCCUGGACUCGCAAAUUAAAAAGCUGGGCAUACAGGCUACGGCAGUCAACCAGCUUUUUCAAGAAAUCAAAAGUCCAUCAAGUGGAAACAGAAGAUGUAAGAUCAUCAGUUAUUCCUGAUCCCAUUCCUCUGACAGGAGAAUCUGCAGCUGACACUAGGGCUCUAAGGAGAUGUAAAGCAAUGAGUGGAUCAUUUCAGCGGGGUCGGUUCCAGGUAAUUACAGUUCCUCAGCAGCAGUCGAUGAAAGUAACAUCUUUUGGAAUAGAGCACAUACCAGCAUUCAAUGACAUGACAAGCCAUUCUAGUGACGAAGUUUUAGCCUUUACCAAAACAACAAAGUCUCACUUGUUAGAAAUGGAACCUGCCAUGCACAAUCCACAAAAUUCAUUUUCUUUUCAGAAGAUACGAACUCUUCACAAAACCUUUAAAGAAGAUAAAAAAAUUCUCAAACAAGGUGACCACUUACUAUCUUUUAGCACAACUUGUAAGACUGAUACAUCUUUGAUGACUCCAGAAAAGGAAUUGGAAGAAAAUUCAGCCACAGGAAGUAGUGUGCAGCUUGGAUCUGAACUAUUGCUAAAUGAGAGAGAGAGAUUUACUGUUGGGAAACAACCUAACUCUGAUAGUGAAUUUUCAUCCACUCUCACUGGAAGAGGGAAGUCAAUGACAAAGACUGGUCCAGAGAAUGAGCAGUGCUUAUUACUCCAUGAAGAACCAACCUAUACUCAAACACAGAGUUCACUUUUCUAUUCACCAUCUUCCCCAAUGAGCAGUGAUGAUGAGUCAGAAAUAGAGGAUGAGGACUUGAAGGUGGAGCUUCAAAGAUUACGAGAAAAACACAUUCAAGAGGUGGUAAAUCUUCAAACUCAACAGAAUAAGGAGCUACAGGAGCUCUAUGAACGCCUUCGGGCACUUAAAGAUAACAAAACCCAAUCAUCAGAGAUUCUUCUGCCACCUGCAUCACCUCGUAGAUCAAGAUCUCUCAAAAGCAAACUUCGCAGCCGCCCACAGUCCUUGACACAUGUGGACAGUAACACUAUUGCUACAGAUCCACUGUGUGUAGAGAGUAAUGCAGCAUCAAGUCACCAAUCUUCAGCUAGUAAAAAAGGGAUGUUCACAGAUGAUUUACACAAGCUGGUGGAUGACUGGACUAAGGAAACAGUAGGAAAUUCUCUUAUUAAGCCAAGUUUAAACCAACUUAAACAGAGUCAACACAAACUGGACACAGACAACUGGAACAAGGUUUAUGAAAAUACUCCAUCUACUAUGGGCUACACAUCAACAUGGAUUUCUUCUCUGUCCCAAAUCCGUGGAGCUGUCCCAACCUCUUUGCCACAAGGACUCCCACUCCCUUCAUUUCCUGGGCCAUUAUCAUAUGGAAUGCCCCAUGUUUGUCAGUAUAAUGCUGUGGGGGGACCAGGAUAUCCACUACAGUGGGUAGGGAUUUCAGGAACGCCACAACACUCUGUAGCAAUUCCUGCCCAAUCUGGGGGACCAUUACAGCCGGGAAUGAAUUUGCAGGCGUUUCCAAUUUCACCAGUGCAGAAUCCAUCCACAAUCCCUCCUGGUCCCAAAUGAAUCAGGUAGAUGAUGAAGAACAGGGAGAAUUUUUCAGAAUUAUUUUCAGGACACCUAAGAUAUUAAACCUUCUUUUUGGGUUUUGCAAUGUUUUCCCUCACUUGUGUUUACUUUCAACUGUAUAUUUUUCGUUCCAAUGUGGUAUUUGAUAUAGCUCGUCACUCUGUAGAUCUGUGCAGUUUGUGUAUAGAAUACUGCACGACAAAUGUUUUCUUUUUUUCACUUCAAAUCCUAUCCUCUUUGAUACUUGAUUUUUUAAAAAUACUGUUCAGAAUGCUUUAGUAAGCUCAACUUGAGUAUUACCAUUUCCAGGACACUUCCCAUACAUUGCUGAGAAGCCCCCUCUUUUUGCUGCUACUAUUUGCAGCUGGAUGAUACUUUUCUUUAAAAUGUGUAAAAACUAUUUAAAUUGAUAUUCCCCAAAUGUGGAUGAAGUGAGGCCCUUCAACAGCUGGAGUCUUGUGGGAUUCUUCACAUACCUUAGGUGUAUCUUUCACAGAAGGCAGGGAAACUUGUUGCAGGAAAUGUUUUGGUGUAUGAAAUUAGAAUAACCUGGUCAACCAAUAUAGAACAUGACCCCAUUUUAAUGUGAUUUUCUUCCCAUUAUCACAACAGUAGGAGGAAUGAAGUCUUGUUUUAGGUGAGAUGGAAAGAAAGGAGAAAACAGAGAACUGUAACAGUUCCUUGAUACUGCAGACACUGUGGCUGUUUUAGGAUUUGAUAGUAAUUCAAAGCAGCUAACUCCUUCUUUCUCAUGUACAUAUUACAUUGUUUCUGAGCAUCUGAGAAGCAUUGAUUUGACAUGAAUUCUUUUGCAAGGGAUAUGUGCAGUUGAUAUGACUAUCGUUUGGAGGGAAUCUUUGUAUUCUUAACAAAGAUUUAAGUCACACCUCUAACGGUCCAUUCUUCUUAAGUGAAAUUUACUUGGUACAAUAGGUUUUAAAGGCUUUGAGACUUACACAUGAAACACUGGCUUUACUGGGUUCUAAUAAAUGUGGGGUGUACACUACCCUUCAGUGAGAUACUAGAGCCUUGAAAGAUACUAUAUUAAGUUACACUUAGCUUUUUUUGAUUACCAUUUUUUAGUGUUAUAAUGUCUUAUUAGUUUCUACAGCAUCUUAGAUGAUUUUAGAUCUUAGAUGAUUUUGGCAGCCUCUUUAGAUUCUGAGAGAGAUCACUGUCAAGUUGCACUUUACUGGGUUUUAUCCAGUUUCAGGAGGAGAGGAGACAAUGUCAAGAUAUAUACUUUUGGUUUUCAAGAAGGUUAACUAUGAUAAUCUUUAAAAAGUUGGUUGUAGAAUUACCUGAUGCUCAUUCUGUGAAGCCCAACAGAAUUCUUAAAUGGUAUGUAUCAACUACCUUUAUACAUGCUUAAAAUACUUGAUUUUUACUCUGAAGAUUUUGAAAUAUAUAUUUACCUUAUAAUGAGUUCUAUCUACUGGUAAAUAUUCCAAAUUAUCAGCCAACAUUUCUGUGUAACAGAUUUUCCUCCAUAUUCCUCUAAAGAUAUUAUUCCAUAAGCUUGCCGGGUAAUGAGGAAAACUUAAUAAGUUGACUUUUUUCCCAUAGUCUACUUUAUGA